GAUGGCACAGGACAUCGACGACAUCAACCUCACGCCGCAGGAGUUGCAGACGCUGUCGGAGCUGGACAGUCGACAGUUUGGUUUUCUCAAGCUGAACUCUCCGGAGCAGGCGAAGAAGAAGGCUCUGGUGGUACGUGCCAUCAAGUAUCUGGAGCGUAUGCUGGUUCAGGCCCAGGCGGAGAAGCAGCGCAGAAAAGCUGAUAGUACAAAAAUGUACCCAGAUGAUUCCAAGGAGAAUGAGGAUGAGGAUAAGGGAAUAAGCAUCGAUCCCAAGACAUAUUGCAAACUGGGACAUUUCCAUCUGCUCCUAGAAGAUUACGAUAAAGCGAUGUCGGCAUAUCAGAAAUUCUACUCUUUAAAAGGUGACUACUGGAAGGAUGCUUCGUUCUUGUAUGGGCUCGGUCUCGUUUACUUCCAUUUCAAUGCCUUCCAAUGGGCUGUGAAGGCGUUCCAGCAGGUGCUAUGGGUGGAACCAGGAUUCCCACGGGCCUGCGAGGUUCACCUACGGCUCGGCUUGAUGCUGAAGGUCCACGCUGAGUUCGACGCCGCCCUGAAGCACCUGACCCUCGCCCUGAUCGAUGCCACAACACCUGCCUCCUUCUCCAAGCUCGAGAUUAAGUUUCACAUUGCUCAUUUAUACGAGGUUCAGGGCAAAUAUCGCCUGGCCAAGGAUCAUUACGAGGCUCUGCUAAAGGAGAAGGUGCCUUUACAUCUGAAAGCUGACAUCUGCCGUCAAUUGGGAUGGAUGUACCACGUGGUUGAGUGCACGGUUUUGGGCAUUCCCAGGCAGCAGAAGCAAUCCAUAGCUAUCCAGUGCCUGCAUAAAUCCAUCGAGGCCGAGCCGAAGAGCGGACAGAGCCUCUAUUUAUUGGGACGUUGCCUGGCAGCUUCCGGAAAAGUGCACGAAGCAUUUGUCGCUUACAGGAAAGUAGUCAAUAUAAGAGAAGAAAAAUCUUUCCAAUGUAAAUCAAACAUAAUAACCUUAAGGAAUUCAGUCGAAAAAUCAGAAGGCAAUGCGGAUACAUGGUGUAGUAUAGGAGUGCUCUACCAGCAGCAGAAUCAGCCUAUGGACGCACUGCAAGCCUACAUAUGUGCCGUGCAACUAGACAAAUCCCAUUCAGCUGCUUGGACUAAUCUAGGCAUACUGUACGAAAGUGUUAGCCAACCGAAAGACGCCCUGGCCUGUUACGUUAACGCGUCUAGAGGGAAUAGCAAUAUAGCGAAUUGCACGGGCCCAUUCGUGGGUCUGGGUGGCGUCAAGUCCGGAGGCAACAACCCGAUGAACCCGUCCCUCCAACAGCGCAUCAGCUUUCUGCAAAGUCAUCUAAGUCAAGCACCAAUGCCUUCCGUCGCUGCCAAGAGGCGGCAAUUGCCGUCAAUCGAAGAGGCUUGGAAUCUGCCAAUCAGUGCAGAGAUGUCCAGUCGGCAGCAGCAGCAACAGCAACAACCUGGUGGACCUUCAUACAAGUACGGCGCCACGCCGACCGGCCCGCCACCGCCUUAUCCUCAAGCUCAGGGGCAGCCUGCUAAGCGUUUUAAGACCGAUGAGGCGAUAUCAGCCGCGUCGCAGCAACGGCCGCCUUCGUUUUAUCUAUCACCGCAACAGAUGCAUAUGCUACAGUUCCUACAGAAUCAAGCUAACUUGACACCGCAACAGCAGGCUAUGCUCAUCCAGCUGCAGAACCAAUAUCGUACAAUGCAACAUCACAUGAGGUUGCAUGCGGCGCAGCGGAGCCUGACAGCAGCAAGGCCAGCAGGACAGCCGGCAUAUGGUCAUUCUCAAAACCUCGGCCAAUCGUCAGUUGUCAAAAACUACGGCAUACCGCAACAGCCGUUGCAGCAAGGGGGUACGGUUGCGCUGCAGACGGGCUUUUCCGACAAUAAUGUCGGUUACAACACAGCAGCAACCGGAAACACUACACAGACACCAGGAAUGCCUUACAAAUCCGCCUCCGAUCCCACUUAUCCGCCGCAGAGACAACUCACCGGUGGUGCACAAUAUGGUGGCCAGUAUCAGCAGCCAAAUCAGUACGCUGCUCAGGGUUAUACGCAGGUCACAUCGGCGAUCAGCGGCUACUCGGAGAGCUCGGUGGCGGCUGUCGCGAAUAAGGAUAAUUUGGGCGUGACGGAUCAGGAGUUACAGGCAUUGCUGUCACAGAAGGACAUAGCCACGUCACUGGCGGAAGACUUGCUCAAGCAUUUUGGUUCCGAUGACUUGGAUACCGUUGUGAAGGAGGAACCGUCAACCGGCGGUGUCAUCAAUGACAACGGCACAUUAAGUUCCGGUCCGUUCUCACCAUCGAAUCUCGAGGAGAGUGCGACGGACAAGGUGAAAGAAGUGAAAUUGGAAAAGUCAGAAGAAAUGGCUUCCCACCAGCCGACGCAGUCAAAAUCGACGACAGAGGCUGUGACGACGACGCCCAUAACGACAACUGCAACGACGACUGUGACGACGGUUAAGUGUGAAUCGACAACGGUUAAGUGUGAGACGACAACGUCUUCGUUAUCCUCCGGCACAACGAUGACGACAACAACGAUACAUAAAAGCGAACCAACUAAUAUUUCCAAGACAGAGCCGACCAUGAAUUUGAAACUCGAAUCGUUGUGCGAAUCGCAACCGGAACAGGAACUCAGCAUUGAAAUGGAUGCCAGGAUGGUAAUUGAAGCGUGUAAGGGUCAAGGGUUAAAUGGCGUGCCAAAUUGUUCGAUAUUGAGCGAUCGUUCGCCACCACCGGCACCGCCGGACCCGCCCAGUCAACGAUUGACGAAGGAACAAUUGUUGCCGCCCACCCCGAGUGUCUAUCUGGAGAACAAGAAAGAUGCUUUCAGUCCACAUUUACAAGAAUUUUGUUUGAAGCAUCCGAUCGCUGUGAUACGUGGCUUAGCAGCAGCGCUCAAACUUGACCUAGGUCUUUUUUCAACUAAGACUUUAGUCGAGGCUAAUCCAGAUCAUGGUAUCGAGGUACGCACUCAAAUGCAGCAGACUAGCGAAGAGAACUGGGAUCCGGCGCUCAAUAAAAAAGUCUGGAAUUGUAUCAGUCACCGUAGUCAUACGACAAUUGCCAAAUACGCGCAAUAUCAGGCCUCCAGCUUUCAGGAGAGCCUGAGAGAAGAAAAAGUGCAAGGUGGCGUACACGCUUCCAAUCUGUCAGAUUCGGACUCGAAGGACAGUACUGGCCAGACGGUUCGACGUAAAAAGAAUACUUUUGGCUUAGUUGGCCGACCGGGAACCAAAAUGUUGCGUUUUGGUACCAAUGUGGAUCUGUCGGAUGAGAGAAAAUGGAAGCCACAGUUACAUGAACUCAUGAAGUUGCCAGCCUUCGCCAGAGUGGUAUCAGCUGGCAAUAUGCUCAGCCACGUGGGCCAUGUGAUCUUAGGAAUGAACACAGUACAAUUAUACAUGAAGGUACCCGGAAGUAGAACACCUGGCCAUCAAGAAAACAAUAAUUUUUGUUCUAUCAAUAUCAACAUUGGACCGGGUGAUUGCGAAUGGUUCGCUGUGCCAGAUGCGUAUUGGGGUGUAAUAUGUUCACUUUGUGAGCGCAAUGGCAUCAGUUAUUUGCACGGCAGCUGGUGGCCAAAUCUAGAUGACUUAUACGAGGAGAAUAUUCCAGUAUACAGGUUUCAUCAGCGACCAGGCGAUCUCGUAUGGGUAAAUGCAGGUUGUGUACACUGGGUACAAGCGGUCGGUUGGUGCAACAAUAUCGCGUGGAACGUUGGCCCGCUUACUGCGAGACAGUAUCAGCUCGCGAUCGAGCGUUACGAGUGGAACAAACUGCAAGCAUUUAAAUCAAUCGUGCCGAUGGUGCAUCUUUCAUGGAAUUUAGCGCGCAACAUCAAAGUGUCAGAUCCGCGACUGUUCGAACUGAUCAAGAAUUGCCUGCUACGAACGAUGAGACAGUGCUGUUUGAUAUUGGAGUUUGUAAAGAGUAAGGGCGUGGAAGUGCGCUUUCAUGGCCGCGGCAAAAAUGAGGCCUCGCACUACUGUGGCCAGUGCGAGAUCGAAGUGUUCAAUAUUUUGUUUAUUCGCGAACAGGAGAAACGUCACGUGGUGCAUUGCAUGGAUUGCGCGCGUAAACAAUCUCCUUCAUUGGAGGGAUUUGUCUGUUUAGAAGAAUACCGUAUGCGUGACUUGAUGGACGUUUACGACGGAUUCACCUUGUACAUGCCACUGGCCACCGCCACCAGCACCACUACCACCACCACCUCUUCGUUAUCGUCAUCAGCAGCAAUGUCGACGACGUUGCAGGCACAAACCGGCCAGUCCUCCUGAGGUUACAUGCAACACAUAUAUUUGGACUUCCUGAGCACGCUACAGCAGUAGUGAUCACUACCAUCCGGGAAAUGCGAAUUCUUUCCGGAUGGUAGCGAUCACUACUGCUAGUGUUAGUUCUUGUUUCAACUCGAAGCGAGAGUACAUUUCGUACGAUAAGCAUUAUCCGUGUACCUGAGAGCUACGCGAAAAGAGGCGGGACCGGCUCUUUAAGAGUUUCUCACAGGCGACCGUCCGCAAAUAUACUCGAUGAGGUAGCAUAAAAGCGUGACAGUAAUUUCUCGAGACACCGAUUUUAAGAUAAAAUAUUUCAUGUAAGAAUCAUUAAACUUUAAAGACACAUUUUCUACUGCGAAACUGCUUUAGCAUAGAAAUAUGUAUUUUUAUUUUUAUGUAAAUUUUUAUAGACUAACAUUAGUGAGAUGUUAAAUAUUUUUUUUUUUUUAAUAUUUUUCAUUAGUUUGUAACAUUAGUUUGUCACGUUACGUUUUACCUCAUCCUGUCUGUAUAUUUUUAUCUCAAUUUGUGUACGGUAGCCUUUUUAGCUUUAAUCUGCACCUAAUCAUUCGAAUUCGCUAUUAGGAACGUGAUUAUCGCGACAAAGAGUUUCCUGAGCCGAUCCCAAGGAAAAGAAAAGGACUAAAGAAAGGGGCAGUCUUCAAUAGACGCGAAGAUCGAUUAGCGCUUCUUGUGACUCGUUCGUUCGCUCGUUAGUUAGCCCUAUUUGUACAAAUGUAAUUUGCUUAUCUAUAAAGAAAAUAUCACCGCCAGUCGCCAGAUUAUUCCCUGUAAAUAUGCGACGGCGAUCACGAUUGUCUUUUUAUAUAGCUCUCGGGUAUUGACUAGAGAAGACUGUCUCUGAUUAUUAAAGGACGUAAUAGUGUAAUAAUCGGUCCGCAGCAUCGUCCAUGCGAUCAUUCCCCUUUUGGCGCGCUAAAUAUUUUCUUUUAUCAAAUUUUUUUUAUAUCAGGCUUUUCUUACGUGUCGUUUAUUAUCGUUUCUUACAUGUCGUUAAUUAACAAUCAUUGCAACUUGUGAUAGAAAUCGGAGAUACAACAAAAAAUAUGUCGCGAAUAGUACUUUUUUUUAUCAUGGACUUGAAAUUUAAUUUCUUAAUUUAACUUUUUGUUUCUCGUUGUAUUCGAGAUUAGUUCAAAGCGUAUAAGACUAUGCAGUUAUGUGUUUUCACUGCCACUUAUGAAAACGCUGAGAUAAAAAUGGAGAUUCGCCCUUUAUUGUACGUAUUAAGGAUUGUAAGUGGAUAAACGGAUGAUCCAUUGUUAAUUAAUCAUUGUUAGGAAAAUGCGUAUGGCAAAUUACUGCUCAAAUCAUUUGUACAUUUUUGUAUGCAAAUCAACUAUUGAGACUAAAAAAAAAGGUAAAAGAAUUAUUAGUAAGGGUGUCUUUAGAGUAUAGCGCGAUCUCUACUGCCAACCGUACAUGUUAUUUCCUGUUUACAAUGAAACGAUCAAUUACUAAAAUAUAAUUAUUCUAAAAUUAAAGACUUGAGUACGGACAUGAAUUUUAGCGGAAGUUAAUCUUCAAGAAGAUUAUUAAUUGUUUGUCCAAGUCUUUAAAUGUAGAGACGAAAAUUAACAUAAAGUAAAGAAUCUAUCGAAAUGAAUAUUGGAAUGUAAACAUGGUGAAUUUAAGACUCCAUGCCUAUGUUUCAGGAAAGUAUUAGAAAUCUUCUAAAUUUUAUCCAAUUGUGGUUUCUCACAUGUGACAUUGAUUGCUUUUCUAUUAAAAAAAAAAAAAUUUUCUUUCCUACAGGAAGCAUAUUCCUGUAUUAACAAGUACAUGUAUGUGUGUGAUUUUUGUUAGCAAAAUUUUCGAUCUUUAGCGAAAAAAGGAAAGACAGAAAGAAGGAAUGGUAUAUACGCGAAAAUUGCGCGCCGCUCGCAGGGCGAUGAUACGUGGCAUGAAGAGGGCGAGAUAAGAUUUCCGAAA